AUGAGAGUGUGUGCGCUGGUCGUCCCACGCUUCGGCUUUUUGUUUUGUUUUUUGUUUUUCUUCCUUGAGUCUCUGCUUGUGUUGAGGGUGCACGCAUCCAUUGCACGUUUAUUGAUUUGUGGCUUGCUUUUUGGACGCCUGAUUUUUUUUAUGCUUUCUUAUACGGUUUCUCUCUUGUUAUUAGUGUGUCAGCCCCUUGUGGCUUUGGCAAGCCACCAAUUGCUCUCUUCCACAUACACCUUGCGUCAGUGGGUCCACGUCACCCCGCGGCCUGCAGCACUUCUGGUGCUGCUGUUGAUGUUGCCUGCGAUGUGA